CUUAAGCCCUACCUGCGCCGACACCGGGAGCAGGGCUGCUACGCUAACUUGAUGCGUGAGUUAGCGCUAGAAGACGCCGAGGCGUUCCGCUCUUGGAUACGCAUGGACACUGGGACAUUUGAAGAACUGUUGAGGAAGGUGAGACCGCUCAUCGAGAAACAAGAUACGUCAUUCCGCGAAGCCAUCCCUGCAGGCGAAAGGCUGGCGAUCACGCUGCGAUACCUCGCCACUGGGGAAACCUUCGCCUCCAUGGGUUUCCAGUUUAGAAGGGGGCAUAAUACCAUUUCCAAGAUAGUCCGGGACGUUUGCGUCGCCAUCUAUGAAGUCUUGGCCCCCGACUACAUAAAGGUGCCAUCAACACCAGGCGAGUGGGAGCAAGUUGCCCGAGGCUUCGAAGAAAUCUGGCAGUUCCCUCACUGCCUGGGUGCCUUAGAUGGGAAGCAUGUCACGAUCUGCCCACCUCAGGGUACAGGAGCUAUGUACCGAAACUACAAGGGUACCUUCAGCAUUGUGUUGAUGGCCCUUGUGGACUCUGAUCUGAAGUUCCUGUACGCUGAUGUGGGUAGGAAUGGUCGUAUGAAUGACAGUGGUGUAUGGGCUGCCACGGAUCUACGGGCACGUAUUGACCGGGGCAUUGCUGAGUUUCCGAAAGCAGCCCAGCUGCCAAACUCAACGAAGACGGCACCUUUCGUCAUCGUGGGGGACGAAGGGUUCGGCAUGAAGCCAUACCUGAUGCGGCCGUUUCCAGCGUCAGAGCUGGAAGAUGCCGAAAGGAUCUUCAACUAUCGGCUUUCCCGGGGACGCCGAAUCGUUGAAAACGGCUUCGGCAUCCUCCGGAACAGAUUCCAAGUCUAUGGGGCUCCUCUUCGUCACAAGCCGGACAGAGCGGUGAAGGUUGUGAAGGCGACUAUUGCCUUACACAACUACCUUCGGACGAAGAACGGCACGCGGGCAAGGUACACACCACCCGACAGCCUUGAUGUUGAAGACGUGCUCACAGUCACUGUACGUCAAGGCAGCUGGAGAAAGGGUGUGAACGACAAAGCAGUCUUCCCCCUGGAGCGCAUUGGUGGCAGACAACCAGACGACGCCAAGGCUGUUCGUGAGGUCUUCAGAGACUACUUCAUGAAUGAAGGCCAGGUUUCUUGGCAGUGGAAGGUGCUGGAGUAACGGCACCACGACCAAACUGGCUGCGAUUGAGUUUUCCACCAUGAUUCUGUGGGCGGCCAGCAUGGCCAUCUGCCUGUCCGCACCCCUGGGUAUGCUGCGGGCGCAGCACUCCAUCAUAACGCCGAAGCUUCUGCACUCGUCCGGCUGCGGCGGCUCCUUGGCAGCGUUCAAGCUGUCGACAGCUGCCUGCAGCAGCACCGCCCUGUUCGGUGCCGCCUCCUCCGUGCGGCGGCAGUUCUUCUUGGAGGGUGGAGGCGCUGACUGCACAGCUUCUUCACUCGGCUCAUAAAUCAGCUCGAGGCUAUCAUCCUGCACAUCAUUUUUUAUCCCACUUCUUGUAUUAUUUGGUGUUUUCUCUUUUAUUCUCGUAUUCACAAGCUCUAAAGUACACAUGCAUAUUUGAAACCAGAAGCCUGACAAAGAAAGCUUUUCAUGAGAACAAUUGAGUGUGUGUAACGAAUGUAUCGCAAAUUAUCAAUUACGAAAGCUAAGGUAUACAGAGGUAAUUCAUUUGGCGAGAAAGGAUCCCCUGAAAUUUGUAUGGAGCACAGAUGCAAUCAUUCCAUAUUCCAGUUUGUAGGCUGGAACAGUGAUAAUCUCUAUAAACUGCCUUUUUUUUAAAGAACUUUUUUGUCAUUGUUUGAGUGUGAGCCGUGACCUGUAGAUUUGGCACAUCUGCUGAAGCCAACACUUGUGUUGCCCAUGCAACUAUGUGCUAAGGAAUUAUUAAGGGUAAAGGUGCUCAUCCCGUUAGAGUCAAUUAUUGGGCGAUGCCUUGAAUGAAGUGGCACAGAUAUGUGUUCUGAAUUGUGUUGCUCCUUCCCGAUUAAAAGAAGGUCCCUCCAAAAUGGGCACUUACCACUUCCUCCUGGGAGGUCUCGAGUGUCGACUCGCUUUGGGCUUCAGGAGCCCCAGCCGACAAGAACCUCAUUUUCUUGUAGUGCGCCCACUUUGGAACAAAGAUGUCAUCGGCCCCAGCACCAGAGCGGCUCGAAUCCUUGACCUUGCGGUUUUCCCUCUGGUACUGGGACCGCAUAUUUGCCCAUUUGUUCUUCACUUUUUCCACUGCAAUGCAAUAAAACAAAAUAUUCACACUCCAUAUAUCUUGCCACCUCGUUUUAUGCUGUUGAGUGUUUCAAGCCAUGUUUAAACUACUUGUUAGAACUAUCAAAGUAUCAAAAUGUAUACAAAUGCUACAAUUGUGUCACCAUAUUUCAUUCGCUGACAUUGUAAAUUGUCGACCAAACUGGACGAAUAAAUGUGGUUUGGUGUAAA